CACAAUCAGGUGCAUCAGCUACAGCAGCGCCAGUCACAAGCAGUAGACCAGGAUCCAUCCAAGCCGUCAUCGUCAAUGCGAUGUUGAGAGAAUCAGAUUCGCACCUUGGUCCGUGACAAUGAUCCAGGUAGAUCAUCCCGUCUUCUCUAAUUACAUCCCCCCCGUCCCGAGACUUAUCCAGGUUCCGCUGGUCUUUCACCGUGUCGGCACUCAGUCUGCAAACCGGGCCGACCUCGACAACCAAAUGAUCACCGUCUCGUUUCUGCUGCCAGAUCCGUCAACCUCUGCAUGGCAUCAAUUAUGCCUUGGUCUGGCUGAUUCCCGAUGAAAUCCUGCGGCCGUACGGGACUAAGAAGCUUGAUGCCCUGUAGUGUUCUGCACCUAGAUAUUUGUACAUAGAGGCUGGUAAAAUCGCAUUUCGAAGGCUGACCAUUCGUCAUACGGUUUCCUCGCAGCUCCAAGAGCACGUCCUCAAAAGUCUUGCCCUGGGAUUUAUAGUCAGUGAGGACAAAGGAUGGGACAACUGGCAGCCCUCGCCGAGCGCAUUUCCCGGAUAGGAACUUGUAGUGUGAGUUGGCUGGAUCUAGGGUAUGCGUGGUAGGCCGGAUGAGCACGGUGCCCGUUGGGAGGGCUGGGAUUGCUAAAUCCUUUAUUUCUUGCGACUCUAACAAUAUGCC